AUGGCCACUCAACUGGUCUGCGCAAGUGCAUUCAUCCGGUCGAUUACGUCUGCUGUUGACCGGCUCACUUGUCGUGCACCCGCCUACCUUGAAUUUUUGCAUCCCGUUCUUGUACCACCGGCAUCACAAUCAAAUAGUCAUCUCAGCAAACAUGUCGCUCUUUCUACUACACCACAACCGCAGAACUCCUGGGCAAAAACACAGACUUUCCUCAUCAAACAAUCUUCGCGACAUCGUGACGACUCUACUCGGUAUGGUUCGGGCACCAAUUACUGCCAUGAACGCCAACCCAAACAACAGAUCUACGACAUCGAGGCUUCGAAUCUGGUUGCCGACUGCGCGUGGACUGCAAAUACGGACGAAGUUCUCCAGCGGCAUGUUGCAUCAGCUGGCCACUGGGGUAGGCCAGUCCGGGACGGAGAAGCUGGCGUGAAUGAGCGCAGAUCUAUGGAAUUCUAUUUAGCAGUCAAUGCGUCGAAAAGCAUGCACCAGCGCCGAUGCGCAUCGUCUUCGCAGCUACGGAAAGCGCAGAUACCGACGCAUGGCUACGCAAUACGAAGUGUCAUAGCCGCAAUAUAUCUGCGUGGCAGCGCGUGGACAUGGCCAUGUUCGAUUUUCACUGGGGUUGAAAUCCCGGCUAUGUUUCAGCAACGCGUUGGAAUCGACUUCAUACAACAAUCCACAAUGUGCCUCUCCGCAUCGAAACGUACCGCCGACGCUGUGCUUACUCCAACGAAAGCCAGUAAACGAAUGCGCUUGCGUUUGACGUCGCCUGAAGAGACAUCAAUGGACGCCCGAUGCAACUGUCGUCGCUCCUCAGAGAACGAAUGUUCUAUGAGGGAGCACGCAUAUGCGCUCCUCGAGACCCUGGAACGAUUAGAGUUUCACGUCGAAUAUUUGGAGGCUGAUCGACUGCGAGAUAGGGAGGAACUGGAGGAUACACGCAUCAAACAUUGUCAAGAGAUUGAAGAGUUGCAGAGCAACCAUAAUGAAGAACUUGACAGGUUCCGCGAGCGCAUUCACGCAUUGGAAGAUGAAACGCGAUACCAGCAGGCGAUGCUAGGCGUCCUCAACGCGGAGGUCGAGCGGCUAGAGGCUGAAACGGAUUUGAAAAGGACGGAAAUCGAGGGCUACAUUAGCCACGGCGUUGAAGAUGGUAUGGCUCGCCGAAAGACGCUUGCGUUCAUGAGAGACACGAUUGUUAAAAUGUUCGACAAUGCUAACCUGUAG